UCACCAAAGUUGUUCACACUUUGUCAGUAUCAAGCUUCUGAGAAGAAAACAAGCAAGGUAGAAACAAAGGUGAAAAGAAAAAAACGGAGAGGAAUCAUAGAGAUUGAGAAGAAUUAUUGAACACUGGCCAUGUCAACAUGACAGAAGCAACUACCGUGCCUUCCCACACUAUUACAAUGAAAGAAAAUCACACACAGCUAGAUAAUUGGCCACAGAUAGGCAGCAAAGGAUUUUUCCUGGAAAUGGUGGCAGCUUUAUCCAUUCCAAUCUGUUUCUGGGGAUUAAUUGGGAAUGCAGCUGUCUUUUGGCUUCUCUGCAGCAAGGCGAAGAAGACAACAUUCAUAGUUUAUGUUCUCAAUUUGUUAAUAGCUGAUUUUAUUGUGGCUGCUUACUUCUUUAUGGUGUUUAUUGUAUUUCUGACAUCACUUUAUAUCAGUUAUAAUUUUUCACGUGCAAUGGAGAAUAUUUAUUCAUUGUCAAGCAAUGCCAGCAUUUGUUUACUAACAGUUAUGUGUGUUGAAAGGUAUUUUAUGGUCUCUUUCCCACUCUAUUAUCAACAUCACCGUCCAAAGCAUUUCAUAACAAAUAUAUGCUGCAUAAUAUGGGUCUGGUCUUUCCUAGUGGCCCUGUUAUUAUAUGUCAUCUGCUACCCAAAAUUGCUUUCAUCCCUCUAUUCAGGCAAUUCUUUAUGUGAUGGGGUAUUACUAUUUGAAUCUAUUGCUCAGAUUAUGUUUUUUUUCCCCAUCAUGUCCUUUUCUGCUUUGUCUCUUUUUAUCAGAAUGCGGAAAAGAGCAAAGCCAAGGACCGAACCGAGGAUUGAUAUCACCCUCAUAAUCCUGGUUGCUCUUUCUUUUAUUUGUAUUGUUACAUUUCAAACUCUUGGUAUUGUAAGCAGCUGGGUUACCACUCUUCGUGAACCAACUCUAUUUCACCUCUCGCUGCUGUUUGACUCCAUCAAGACCAGCAUCAAUCCUUUGGUCUAUUUCUUUGUUGGAAAUCGGCAAAGACAGAAGACUGCAGAACCUAUGUAUAAGUUGCUUGAGAGAGCUUUGAACGACAAAGAAAGCACAGAUGCUCUAGACACCAGUUAGCUAUAGUUGUUCACAAAUGAAUUUGGACAUCAGAAAUGAAAAAGAUAUAAAGACAUCUUAUGAAACAUUUUCUUUCCCAUAAAGGCACAUUACUGAUAUAUUUACUGUUUGCUACUUCUAAUUUAAUUUACUACCUAAUGCCUUUAGGGGAAUCAAGCUUACGUUUUAAAAAAUGGGAUUUUAAGAUUUUAUAAUUGUAAGGGCCUUAAAAAAGCAUGAUCAAAAAGUAUGAUCUCAUAAAAAUGAAAACUACAUAGCAACCAUA